GCAGCGCGCAGCCCGGCGCCUUCACUGACGGUGAGCGGCGGCGGCGGCGGCAACGGCAGCGCGAUGCUCACCGACAGCCUGGUGGAGGAGUUCGAGAUCCGCGAGGAUGAGCCGUGGUAUGACCAGCAGGACCUGCAGCAAGAUCUUCAACUGGCUGCUGAGCUGGGGAAGACCCUUUUGGACCGAAACACAGAACUGGAGUCCUCUCUGCAGCACAUGUAUUCCACCAAUGAGGAGCAACUGCAGGAAAUAGAGUAUCUCACCAAGCAGGUGGAUCUUCUACGCCAAAUGAACGAUCAGCACGCCAAAGUCUACGAGCAACUGGACGUUACGGCGAGAGAACUAGAAGAUACGAAUCAAAAGCUGAUCGCCGACAGCAGGGCCUCUCAGCAAAAGAUAGGAAGUCUCACGGAGACCAUCGAAAACCUCCAGACUCACAUCGAUGAACUGCAGAGGCAGGUGGAAGAGUUGAAGGCCUCUGGGCAAAGCCACGUCAAUUACGAAAGACCCGAGCAGCCCAAAUCGGUCCAGAGUUUUCCAUGCCUGAAAGAACUCUACGAUCUCCGCAAGUAUUUUGUCUAUGAUCACAUAUUUGCAGAAAAGAUUAUAUCAAUGGACAGUCAACUAAGCCCCGUAGAAGAGGAAAACCAGAAUUUGAAGAAGGCGGUGAAUCUCUUGCAAACGCAGCUCAACGUGGAGAAAGAGAAGCGGUUGUCUAUGGAGGAAGAGUAUAGUUUUCUGCUGAAGGAAAACACAGGUCUGGAGCAACAGCUGGUGGACAUCCACCUGUACCAGGCGAGAGCCGAGGAACUGGAGACGGAAGUGGCCGAAAUGAAGCAGCUCUUUAAUUCUGGAAGUCCCUGUUGGAACAGGAUGGAGCAACUGCCCCCAGAAUCUUUUUUCAUCUCCCUCAAGGGCCCCUUAGAAAAAGAACUCAGCCACGGUCCUUGGGAUGGGAUGUCCUUCAUCUUUCCUGAGCUGGAGAAGAGGUCCCUCAAAAGAAGCAGCAGCGAGAGCUUGCUCGGCGGCGCGGCGGGCGAUGACCUCUUCAAAGGCCACGAAGAGACCUGCAUCAGGAGGGCGGAGGCCGUCAAGCAACGGGGCGUGUCCCUCCUCAACGAGGUGGACGCCCAAUACAACGCCUUGAAGGUCAAGUACGAGGAACUUCUGCAGAAGUGUCAAACGGACAAAGGACUGCUGGACCACAAGGCUGUGCAGACCUCAAAACAGCGCUCCAAAGAUGUCCAUGGCGGGAGCUUGGUAUCCCUGGACAGGGGUUUUAGGGAGCCCAGUUCCCCGACUGCUGAUUCAGCCAACUUCUCUUCCAACGUUUUCCCCGAAUAUAAACUCCUCUUCAAGGAAAUCUUUAGCCGUAUCGAAGAAACUAAAAAGGACAUUGACGAACAUCGGGCAAAAUAUAAGUCUUUCUCUUCUCAAUGUCCUUAAAAAAAAGAUAUGGCGGGGAUCAAAAGAUAAUUAUUGUUGUUUUUUUCCCACGAUAUCAGCCUUUUAAUGUUUCUUAGGGAACAAGAUGUAAGCUCAGGAUUGGCAGAUUUCCUGUAAAAAAAAAUGGGUUGGAUUCGUUUGGUUAGUUCUACCGAGUUGGAAUCCGGUUGGAUUCCAUCUCGCCCUGAACCAAGCUCCCUCGGGAAGGUGAGUCUCUUGACCACCAGUUUGCAAAUUAAUUUUGUUACGCAACUCAACAAUUCUAGUUCUGCUGGGAAGAAAACCCGCCGUGUUAUCGAAACAAGAGCCACAUAGGUUAUAUUACGCACAAUGACAACUUUUUUGGACUUGGGACACUUCCUGGGGUUGAAAAGCAAAAUAGAGAUGAUUUUUGUUAGUGUGCCAUUGUCCUAUACAACUGCAAACAUGCUGUUAAAACAUUGUGCACGUUCCUUAAUUGAGGAAAUUUUACAGAUCUGUCACUGUUCGAUAUGCUGGGAUGCCAUUGUCUUAUUUUAAAAUCCAUAUAUAUAUAUUGGAGUACAUAAUUUGGCUACUAAAACUCCUGGUGCGUCAAUCUUCCGCUGCAUUAGAAGGCUGAAUAUUACAAAACAGCCUCCAUAUAAAAAGUAAACUGAUUAGCAUAGAGCAAAAUUAAAAAAACAACAAUUUCACUUUAACUUUUAAAUCCUUUUAGCGCGUCUUCAAGGAUUUGAUUUUCUGGAAAUGGUCUACCCCACAGCCAACUGGAGGCCAAAUUGGGAAGGAUUUACAGCAAUUUCACCCACAGUCUCCUAUUAUCACACCAGCAAAUAUGCUGUACGUAGAACGGGCCAAAUAUUAUGCGGUGAUAAUAUUUCAUCCUUUUAAACCUCCUGCAGAAACUUAUAUUGGUUGCAAAGUCCAAUAAUUAGUUUUACAGCAAGCAUAUGCUAUUUUUUUUUGUCAGAAGGAACUCCUGGGAAUAGAAGUCGAGAAUUUAAAGCCCCUUCCCUUAGUUCUGAGUUUUUAAGAAAAAUUAAGAGUACCAAGUUCAAAUAGUUCUCUCCAAAUAUCCACGAAUAGGUCAGUUGCCAACCGGCGUCACAAAAAGUGACUUGUUUCCCCCUCCUCCUCCCCCCCCCCCCAAAAAAAGAAAAGGGAUGUGUUUCAUAUUGCAUUCCUAAUUUAAAAAGAAGAAUUUGAGCUGCCUGCAAAAAGAAAAGAAAAAAAUCCCCACAAUUGCAGUUUUAAACUUUUGGCCGCUGUUACAAGUUCUACCUUGCCUUAGCUACUGAGGAUGGCUUGUUCUGCUUCAAUUAAGAAGUUCCAGGUGGGAACUCAACUCUUGCCACAUGGUGUAUUUCCAUUUACUACCAGUUGUUUGGUCUUAUUGGUGUUUUGCAAAGAGCAAAUAAAUUCUUUCUGCAAUUAA